AUUGUAAACAUUAGGCCUUGCCUAGCGUACUACUAGAACUGCGCAACUUAAUAUUUUGCCAUAAUCUUGCAUCUAACGAAACAAUGUCUGCUGCUAUUUUGUGGGCUAUUGGCAUACUGUUUCUCUUGCUUUGUGUUACAGUUUUGUUUUUUCUUUUUUAUUCAGGGCUUCUGAAUCCAAUACGAUUCAAGGCAGGGAAGCCCCCAGUUGGUCGGCUACAUGUAGGGUAUAAAUUCGGGCGAGGCGAGUACAGCUCUGUCGGGCUUGGAGAGCACUUUACUGAGAUAAGUAAACUCGCUCCAUCCACAUAUCGCUGCUUUGGAAUGUACUAUGAUAACCCAGAAAGAGUGCCCUCAGAUAAGCUGCGAUACAUUGUUGGUGUGAUCCUGAGUGAAGGAGAUGAAGAACCAGACAAGGAGUUGAAAGAGAAGCUCCUAUCAUAUGGAUACAGUUUCUACAGCUUUCCAGAAGUAACUAACAUGGUCUAUACCACUUUUCCAAACACCAGUUUCUUGUCGGUCACCAUAGCAAUUCAGCGGGUCUACCCAGCAUUCUCCAGUUAUAUAGAGGACAAUGGUCUUUCUGCCCAUCCAUUAUUUGAAAUAUACGGCAAAGAUUUAAUGUAUUUUAUGGCUCCAUUGGCGAAGCAAGAUGAAUUUAUUGUUCCUGAAGCUAAAGAGAAACCUAAGAAAGAAGGUGCUGAUUUAUCAUCAGAAGAAUCACCAGAUGAAGGGAAUAGUGCCCUGGAUGGCAGUGACGGCAGUGAUGGCAGCUCUGCAGGGGAUAGUGCAAGCUCUUUUGAGGAACUUAAUGCCAGCCAAGUGGAGGAACCAGAAGAGGGUGAAGCUGCAAGAGAUAAUGCAGACAAUGUUUAGCUUAAAUGUAAUGACAAUGAUAUAUAGGUUUACAAGGUAAUUGCAUAAGCAUUAAGUGUUUGAAAAGCUUAAUCAACUCAAUCACUCUUUCAUACAACAGUACUUCUACUACUAUAGGCCUUUAGAUCCUGUAUGGUGCCAUUAAAAGUCAGUCAUCGUGGACUGAAAUAUCUGCAAAGUCUCAAUAUAAACAUCCACAGAUUUACACAACCAUCAGGCCAAAAAAAAAAUUUGUCGCCCAAACCUAACUAACCCAUGAUCUUCAAAAUCUAGGGUUGCAUUUUUUUUAUUGCAAAAAUAUGUUAUUCUUUUACCAAUGUUCCUAAUAUUAUACUUAAAUGUGAUGGUUCAAACACUUUCGAGCUUUAAUCAAUAUAUUUUAUACAUUAACUAUGAAUUUUAGCCCUGUUAACAUUUUUUGAAUUAAAACGCAAGAGGUGAGGGUUAGGCAUGUGCUUGGGUUUCACAAUUUUUUUAGGCCUUACAUAAAAUUGACCAUUGGCUGCAUAGUUACUUCAGCUUUCACAGAGGUCUAGUCCUACCUUUUGUAGAUUUCAUAUUUUAAAAUUUCGCUGUCAAUUUGGCAUGAACCUGGAGUAAAUGUGUUGUUAAUCUUGCAUAAAAUACAGUAAGUGAUUUGUCAUGUAUGUAUUUGUUCGGAAUCGUGCAAGUACUUAAAAAAAAAUAUGUUCUGUUAGCAUAUUAUUACACCAGUCUUAAAUGUAAUCUGAUUGGAUGUUAUUGAAUGUAUGGAUUGGAUAAGGACAGUCAAAUGCAAGACUGGUGUAACUAUUGCCAAAGCUUUUUUUGACAUGUUGAAAACAUAGCAUGUGGGAGAUGAUGGGAUGUAAAGUCUGUUAAAACCUAUCUACGCUAUCAAGAUUUAUUUAACAAAUGCUUGUGACUUGCCUAUAUGUGGGCAUGAAAUGACAUCAUCAUGCCAUAUAUGGUCAAGUCACAGUUAUUUGUCAUAUAAAACAUGAUCAGUAAAUGUAGAUGGAGCUUCGUAUAAUGUUGCCUUUUAUGCAUGAAAAUGUUGCUAAAAUAUUGGAGACUUUUAAACUAAGAUAGAUUUUCUGAUUCUUUAAAAACUGUGCAUUGCUUUAGAAUUGUGCUCAACAUUUAUUUUCUCAUCAUUCUCUUGAUUAUGUCAAAAUACUUAAUUGUAGGUUAAAGUUUCUCUAAAUUCAUAUAAAAGAUGUACUGUUAACAAUAACUACAAACUCAAAAUUACUUUCAACAUAUGUCAAUAUUGGGCCUUGGAAGUCAGCUCUGGCGAUUGGGGCUUCCUCUUUAAAUAUAAAUAAAGAUAAGGAAUAAUACUUUCUAAAUUUACUUACAUUCUGAUAGAAUGUAUCUUAUAAUUUUCAUUAAUUUUUAAGUAAAAAAUGUAGAAACUGACGGAUCAUAGCUUGAAGUUUUUCAGCACAGGACCAAACUAAACAAAAAUACACUCAAAUAUAUAUAUACUUGCUCAGCAAGUGUGCUCAACAGUUUGCUUUAAUAUGAUGAGAAAAAUGCUUACCCAUGUUUUAGCCCACCUCGAUCUAUUAUAAACAAACAUUUAUAAUUGGCCAGUCUAGUAAUUAGGUCAACUACGAGCAAGCCUUUUGCUUCACGUAGGUGCACACCAUGAGCAUUCUGCCUCACGAGACAACAAAAAGAAAAUAAAACAUGAGAUUCUUGUGAGACAG